ACGUCAUAUUUGCAAUGGUUCAUCAGUGUCAUUAUUGUUUCAUGUUUAGAAGAGAUCAGAAAUGGCAUCCAAGCUAACUCCAAAGCUCUUCUCAUGGCUGAUUGUUCCAACAUUACUACUCAUUUUCCUCUACUCUUUAUCCCUUCCUCUUUACACUCCACCCACUUCUCCAAAACCCACAAUUCCCAUAUCACCCUCUUGUAAUCUCUUCAAAGGCAAAUGGGUCAGUGACCCGACCCGCAAACCCAUUUACGAUGAGUCCUGCCCGUUUCACAGGAACGCCUGGAAUUGCCUUAGAAAUCAAAGGGAAAACAUGGGUCGGAUCAAUUCUUGGAAAUGGAUACCCGACAAGUGUGAUUUGCAUCGGGUCGACCCGGUUGGGUUCUUGGGUUUAAUGAGGAACAAGAAUAUUGGGUUUGUUGGAGAUUCUUUGAAUGAGAAUUUCUUGGUUUCGUUUUUGUGUAUUCUUAGAGUAGCUGAUUCUGGUGCAAAGAAAUGGAAGAGAAAGGGUGCUUGGAGAGGAGCUUAUUUUCCAAAGUUUAAUGUUACUGUGGGUUAUCAUCGUGCUGUUUUGCUCGCGAAAUAUGAGUGGCAGCCAAAACAGCUAGACGACUCCAAUAAAGAUGGAUUGAAAGGAAGAUAUCGAGUAGAUGUUGAUAUUCCAGCAGAUGAUUGGGCUCAUAUUGGUGCCUUUUACGAUGUUCUAGUCUUCAACACUGGUCAUUGGUGGGGCUUUGACAAAUUCCCUAAAGAGACACCUCUUGUUUUCUAUAAGGCAGGGCACGCGAUUCAACCACCCCUAGAGAUGUUUGAUGGACUUAAGGUUGUUCUCGAGAAUGUGAUUGCCUACAUAGAAAAAGAAUUACCAGAGAAAACACUUAAAUUUUGGCGCUUGCAAUCACCAAGGCACUUUCAGGGUGGUGACUGGAAUCAAAAUGGUAGUUGCACAAUCGAUGAACCCCUUGAUGAACUUCAGCUUGACCUGUGGUUUGAUCCCAGAUAUAAUGGGGUUAACAAAGAAGCAAGGCGACUAAAUCAUCUCAUUGAAGAGGUUUUAAAAGGAACAAAUAUCAGAAGCCUCGAUCUGACUCACUUGAGUGAGUUCCGGGCGGAUGGCCAUCCUGCAAUUUGGCUGGGGAAAAAGGAUGCAGUAGCAGUCUGGGGUCAAGACUGUAUGCACUGGUGCCUUCCUGGUGUUCCAGAUACAUGGGUCGAUAUCUUGGCGCAGCUAAUCACUCCUUAUAUAUUGGAGAGAGGGUGA